UUUGUCACAUACUCUCCCCAGCGCGCUGGCUCCGAAAAAGUGCUUCUGGCCUUUCGCCCUGCAAACAUGGACAGUUUUAUCUGGAAAGGAGUUUGACACAGGGACACGACACUAUCUGUACUUUCGUAAUGUCCGAUUUCUGAGAGUUCAUUUUGUCUGACCAGAAGAAACGGAGAUUUAGGGAUAUAUUCUCUCGGUAUCUCUGAAUCGUUACAUAUUGCGGGAUAAACAUGUAAUGGUAAUUUCCGGUUGAGCCGACAUGCAGCGUUUAUCGUGAAUACAGUCUCCGCUAAAGCGGGAGCAUAAUCUUUAAAUUUCAAUCACGCUGUAAAGCUGAACUUCCGCGAUACGGAUUGAAUAGAGCCCGUUGGGACUGUGUGUGUGUGUGUGUGUGUGUGUGUGUGAGAGAGAGAGGGGGGGGGGUCCAUUUAGCUGGUGCCUGGGGUGUAAUUAGUCUAUUAGGACACAUUCAUGUAGGUCCCUCCCCGUUUCAGCAACAGAUUCGGCGUAAUGAAUAUGCCCCUGGUGAUGUCUUCGCUUCUGUUAUUUUAUUAAAACACAGAAGGUGGUCUGAUCUAUUUGAGUUAUGUAAAUCAACAGCUGGUCAUAACGCCAGUCCAGACUCAGGCCAGCGGAGAGGUAGUCUGGAGAGCUUGUACGGGAACAGGGACCACUUGUAUAACGUUUUUUUUCCUCCGUUUCAAAUGAGUGUUAAUUGACGUCUGAAAGGGAGCAGCUUUCUAAUCUAGUCUACUGAUACGGUGUGAUUGGAUUUACCGACACAGAGAGAUGACUCGUAUUAAAGAAGCGUAAAGAUGCCAUCGUGGAUUAGGCUGACGGUUCUCCUGUCUGCGCUGACAGUCCACUGCUUUCUGGACGGGACCUGUCCACGGAGAGACCCCCCUCCCAGGGUGCUGGUGUUGUCCCCAGGCAGCGUUCUGGUCUUGGCCUGUAGUGGUCAGGUGGAGGUGAACGGGCUGGAGGUGAUGGUUAACAGGGCCGAACACACCAGUGUCAUUACCGGAGUACAUCCCACCACUGUCAGCACCACAACAGACACCACAUCUAACAGAACCACUGUCAGCACCACAACAGACACCACAUCUAACAGAACCACUGUCAGUGCUAUUAAAGACGGCAGUGAUAAUGGAACUACAGUCAGUGCUAUAAAAGACAGCAGUGAUAAUGGAACUACAGUCAGUGCUAUAAAAGACAGCAGUGAUAAUGGAACUACAGUCAGUGCUAUAAAAGACAGCAGUGAUAAUGGAACUACAGUCAGUGCUAUAAAAGACAGCAGUGAUAAUGGAACUACAGUCAGUGCUAUAAAAGACAGCAGUGAUAAUGGAACUACAGUCAGUGCUAUAAAAGACAGCAGUGAUAAUGGAACUACAGUCAGUGCUAUAAAAGACAGCAGUGAUAAUGGAACUACAGUCAGUGCUAUAAAAGACAGCAGUGAUAAUGGAAUAGACACAUUUUCUACUGGAAAGGACACUAUUGUCCUUACCGUAACAGACACUCCUGUCAUAAGCUGGACAGAUGAUACCAGGACAGACCGUACGGAGAAAACCAUCAUCAGGAACACUCGUGCAGGAGACCACACCCCUCAUACUGAGAGAGAAGUUGACAAAGGGAAUGGAAAGAAUGUGGAAGUUGUAACGGAGGAGGAGCACAAAGGAGGAGGAGGAGAGCCGAGGGAUACAGGGUGGAGUCUUUACACUGUCAAUCAACCAGGACAUACAGAUACACAGAAACUAUUUCCUCUUACUGGGACAUCGCUCCAACCAACCAGAGACAGCAGAGCGGGAGGGGCUGACACUGAGCUGCCCUCUGAUCGGUGGACUGAUGCGAUGGACAGUGAGGAUGACUAUGAGGAAGAGGAGGAGGGGGGGAGGAUGGUGAGGGGGCUGAGAGGGAGGUCUCAGUGGAGACUGAACGGGAGGCCGCUGAGAGGAGGAGAGGAAAGAGGAGGAGGAGUAGUGGUGUUAGGGAGGAGAGGCGCCACUCUGACCCUGCCCUCCCUGGCGGUGGGUGACUCUGGGAACUACAGCUGCCACCGCGGGGGCAAACUGGUCUCCUCUCUGAGGGUGAGCGUGGCAGUUCCUCCAGAGAGGCCUAAGCUGUCCUGCUAUAAGAGGUCACCCAGCAGUAAGAUCCGCUGUGAUUGGACAGCCAGUCAACUGGUGACUCCUGUCCCUCAGUGCUACCUCCUCCUACGGAAAGGUCUAUCAGGGUCAUUCUCUCGUGUCAACUGUUCCUACUCCUCCCUGCUGUCUCGGUGUUGGUGUGCUAUAGGUCACCAAGAGAAGGAGAGUAGAGAGCCACACCUGGCCUACCUGUGUGUCACCAACACUGCUGGCAACACCACCAGCCCUCUCCUAGACUUCACACCUCUGGACAUUAUUAAGCCAGACCCCCCCAGCUCAGUAGUGGUGAGGGGUGUGGAGGGGCAGGAGAGGAGACUGAGGGUGGGCUGGGCUGUUCCUCACUCCUGGAAAGAGAGAGACCGCUACCACGAGCUGCUCUAUGAGCUCAGAUACCACACCAUGCCACACGGAACACAGAUAAAAGGGACCAGCACAGCCCGGUCCUACACUAUAACAGAUGCGUUGCCAGGAGUACAGUACCUGAUCCAACUCAGAGCUAAGGAAGAGUUUGAUGGCCACUGGAGUGAUUGGAGCACGGCUGUCUACGCCAACACCUGGACAGCCCCUGUGCCAACUGUGUUCAGCGAUCUUUCUACUGUUAUGGACUACACAGACUACAUAGAUUCUGGCUCUGGUAUGAUAGAAGAGACAUCAGUCUCUGAGUCUCAGGGUGAUGUAGAGGUGUGGCCUCAUGUCCUGUGGGUGGUUGCUUUCUGUGUGCUGCUGUCAAUCACUCUGUUGUCUGCCUACCUCUACAGACACAGGGAGAGGUUCAUGUCUAAACUGUGGAGGUUGAGUACCGUCUCCUCCUCUCCUGCUUGCCCCUCCCCCCAAGUCACAGCCCUGCCUACCCAGGAAGGACAUGCCCUCGUGAACUUUGAUCUCCCAGUCUACGGGGAACCUGUCCCACAGGAAGAAGAGAGGAAGGAGGAGGAUGAAGAGGAGGAAGAAGAGGAGAAGGGGGAAGUUAUUCGCUUUAACAACACAAGCUAUUUUCUGGUCCAGAGCAAAUGAUAUGCCUGCUCUUAAAACAAGCCCCUUACCCUCUAUCCCAGGCCCUUACUGCUAGCCCCCUGUUCUCCUAGUCCAGGCUGGAGAAGCCCUGUGAUUUUCCUGUUAUUUCACUGUUUGGAUGUGUGCAGUAUUUUGUUCUCAUUUGGGGAAAACGAGCCAGUAGAGUAAUGAUGUAAAUAUUAAUUUGUGUGUCUAUAAAGAAGUAUUGGGUUUUUGUAAAUAAUUUUGUCAGAAUGCAAUAAAUAGUUUUGAAUACAAA